UAAAAAAUAGUCUCAGCCAUUUCACAAAAAAAAAAAAUUCAUUUCAUUUGAGCUUCUCCGAGAGUUAUGGCGUUCGGUUUGAUCGGGAGAGUUGUUGGAACCAAACCGUCACGGUUAUCCACGGCGGCGAGAUUGAUUCCGGCGCGAUGGACAUCAACAGGAUCAGAAGCACAAUCGAAAGCUUCGUCUGGCGGCGGAGGAGAGAAUCUGAAGACGUUCCAGAUCUAUCGAUGGAAUCCAGAUAAUCCAGGGAAGCCUGAGCUUCAAGAUUACAAAAUCGAUCUCAAGGAUUGUGGUCCGAUGGUUCUAGACGCUUUGAUUAAGAUCAAGAACGAGAUGGAUCCGUCGCUCACUUUCCGUCGCUCUUGCCGUGAAGGUAUUUGUGGUUCGUGUGCUAUGAACAUCGAUGGUUGUAAUGGUCUCGCUUGUUUGACGAAGAUUGAAUGUGGAUCUAAAGAGACGACGAUUACGCCGUUGCCGCAUAUGUUUGUGAUUAAGGAUUUGGUUGUGGAUAUGACGAAUUUUUAUAAUCAGUAUAAGAGUAUUGAGCCGUGGUUGAAGAGGAAGACUCCAGCGUCUGUUCCUGGGAAGGAGAUUUUACAGAGUAAGAAGGAUAGAGCUAAGCUUGAUGGGAUGUAUGAAUGUAUUCUCUGUGCUUGUUGUAGUACGUCUUGUCCUAGCUAUUGGUGGAACCCUGAGUCUUAUCUUGGCCCUGCUGCUUUGCUCCACGCCAACAGGUGGAUAAGCGAUAGCCGAGAUGAGUACACUAAGGAAAGGCUUGAAGCAAUUGACGAUGAGUUCAAGCUGUAUCGAUGCCACACAAUCUUGAACUGUGCUCGUGCCUGUCCAAAGGGACUGAACCCAGGAAAACAGAUCACCCACAUCAAGCAGCUUCAGCAAUCUGGUUGAACAACUAAUCAAUCACGCAGUACCAAUCAGUAACUCAUCUGCAGAUGGCUUUUGAUGCUAAUAAUAAUCUGCAAGUAACUCUGAUUUUGGAUUUAUUCCUGUAUUGCUGUUACAAGAUCUCAGAAGAGAUGAUUUUGUGGUACAUCUUGCUGAAAUUUAUUGCCUAAAACAAGAAGCUAUAAAAACUCUGAAAGUUAUAAUCUAUAACCUCAGCAUUUGCUUUAAUACAAACGGUUUUUGAGUU